AUGACGAACCCACCGCUCCUCCCCACCUCGCCGUCCUCCUCACUAGAACCUCGGGAGAAUCCUCUCUCUUCACCAUCCGCUCAAAUCGCUUCGGACUCUCAUGAGGAGGUCCUGAACUCGCCCGAGCGAGAGAAGCGGGACACGGACGAAAACGACGCGGGACCAUCCCAUCACCGCCAGCCAUCCAUCCCUCCCCCUGCGAAUGCGCGGAGACAUCGCGGAGGCGUGCUCAUGUCCCAGGCGAGAAGCCGGGCAAGCUCUGGCGGAUUCAGAGGGGGGAAUGGCGUAGUGGGGAGCAAGAGCUUUGGGGACUUGAGUUUGGGAUUGACGAUGAGCUCGGCGGAGGGAGAGGACAGGGACGAGCUCGAGCCGAUGCAAGGGAAGGAUUUUAGGAGGAUAACGAGCGAUGGAUACAGGCGGGCAAGUGCGGAAGCCGAGGAGAAUAUGUGGGAUAAUAGUGCUCGCUUCUACCACCACCUCCACUCUACUUCUCGAGCCGGAUCUCGGCAGACCUCGCCUGAUCGAGCCCUUUCCAACUCUCUCCACUCGACUCCUGGACGCGAGCUAUCGCCCACGCGAACCUCCUCCACCUCGGCAUCGCCAAUACACAUUCGGCGAUCCCAGACCCUUCCGCAGAAUGGGCCUGGACCACCAAUCUCCAUCCCCUCCCAUUCCUCGCAGCAACCCUCUGCCGCCCUGUCGCCCGCUCACGCCUUUCUACAAUCCCACCUCCCACCGCUCUUCCCUAGCCCCGGAAGCAGCCCCGAACACCCCGGCGGACAUUCAAUGGUCAUCCUCACGCCGACGACCGCCGAGUGGAAAGAGCUCAAAAAGGAAAUGGGGGAAGAGCUGGACGAGAAUGUCUCGUCUGACUCGAGCGAUGGACGGCGGAGCAGCCUCCUCUCUUCCGCGUCAAGCGAGGACGUCAAGCAGGUGGGAUUGAUGCUGGAUCGCGGGCCUAUACCUACUAUCCAGCGCCCAUCCCUCCAUUCCACCGUAUCGGCGGACUAUCUCCAGCGGGAGCAGACGCAUACUCCCGAUCCAGGCGCCGUCUCACCGCCAGAACAACCGCCCGCAUACCUCACUCCCUCUCGACCUACCUUUCAAACCAACAUCAUCGCUCCCUCUCCUACCGUCGCCGAGUCGACCUCUGUCCUCCCUGAUCAGCCUGAAAGCGCCGAUCCGGAUGAAGCUAUCGUCUUUACCGACCGCUCCCCAUCACCCAACGAAGACUCGCCCGUCCGUUUCGCCUCAAUCGGGCGACGCGAGUCACUCCGCUCCGUCCCCAGAUUACAGGAGCCCAAGGCUGCCAAGGCCAAGACCAAGCGGGAGCUUGAGCGGGAGCGACUCUUCCGCGAUCUGGACGAGGAGCUGGAGGCGGACAAGGGGAGCGGAAAGUCUUUUGAAAGCGUGCAGCAGAUUGGCUCGGGUCUCAAAUUGAGCGAGUCGGGGAGGAUCGUUCCGAUCCCGCUGGAGUCGGCUGGCUUGAGCGGGGUCGGUUCAGCCUCGGCGUCAGGCUUGAGCUCGUUCGAGAGUGCCUCGGUGGGGCUGCUGCAGCUGGACAGUGCACCCGGAUCGACGGGAUCCGGGGCGUCGUUAUCGCCCACUGGCCGAUCCAGCGGAAGUACGCUCAGCGGGAGUGUCUCGUCCAUAUCCAUAUCGCCCACUGUACCAUUCAAACGUAGUCCGCUGCAUGGCUCGCCCCUCCUCGCGCAACCGAGUCUGGUCUCGCCGGAAGAGUCUCCAGAACUGGAGUCUGCCCAAGGCAGCGACGACCACGCCAAGCCCCGACUAUCCCUCUCGCACACUGCCAACCUCGAGACGAUCCGGGACUAUGCGCGGUCCCUCGCCGACGCAAAGGAACCAUCCCUCGAAAAGAGUAAUCCGAUGGACGAACCGUCCAAGCCUAAAUCCCGGCGACCGACGCACCGGCGCAGAGACACCAAGCGGGUCUCGCUCGUGGCCGGUCGGAUUGUCCAGCCGUUCACUGUCCCGCCUGAUACGUCCCUCCCUCCUGGACACUCCUACCACAAUAUGAACACAUUGAUCGAUGGGUCCAUGUCGCCCCUCGCGAAAAAGGCAUCCCUCAACUCGUUUUCUCCCUUCCGCUCGCCUGGACUCACGCCAUCUACCAGCAUAGAUCACGGUAUCGGCGUAGGCAACAAGCACGGUCUCUCGUCUUUCCCGGGAUUCAACAGGAUGGACUCGACCAUCUCUGUCGCGCCUAGUAUCGGACCCCCGUCGGAGCCUGGGACGCCUAGCUCCGAGACGGCGGGCGGAGUGGGCGGGCGCGGGAUUGAGGAUUAUGUGAUUCUUAGCGAGGCGGGUAAGGGCGCGUAUGGACUCGUCAUGCGUGCAAAAGUAAAGGGGGCGAAUGGAGAGCCGGAGGGAGAGGAAGUAAUCAUAAAGUAUAUCGUCAAGGUUAGGAUCUUGGCGGAUUGCUGGAAGAAGCAUAAGGUGCUGGGUCCUAUCCCGGUAGAGAUCCACGUCAUGGAUCAACUCCGACAUCUUCUUUAUAACGCACCAGCAAAACCUCAUCCUUGGGACCCCUCACGCGCGCGCCCGGCUCCCAUCCACACGGGAGACGGCACCAUCACUCCUCCGGACGGAGUUAAGCGACCCUCCCUCGCGCUCCUGCAACAUGCGAGGAUAUCGGCUAGGCUGGUCGACCGGUCCUACAGCUCCAACAUGUUCAGCAGCAAUGCGCAGCGCAUAGCGAGCGAGCUCCGGUCCAGUCCGGCCAGGGGUCAUCCGAAUAUCUGUAAACUGCUCGAUUUCUUUGAAGAUCGCGAGUUCUACUAUAUGGUGAUGCCCCGCUUUGGAUCCGGUCUGGAUCUAUUCGACCGCGUCGAAGCGUCUCCUAACGGCCUACCGGCCUUCGACGUCCGGUCUCUCAUCGGUCAACUCGCCGACGCGGUCCGAUUCCUCCAUUCAAACGGUAUCGUCCAUCGGGACAUUAAAGACGAGAAUGUCAUUCUGGACGGACACGGGCAAUGCCAAUUGAUCGAUUUCGGCUCGUCUGCCCAUUGGCGUCCUGGAAAACGGUGGGACACAUUCUCGGGCACCCUGCAUUACGCGUCACCCGAGAUUCUCCGGGGUGACUAUUAUGGGGGUAAAGAGCAGGAUGUGUAUGCGCUGGGGACGGUGGCGUAUGUGUUGCUUGUGGGGGAGACGCCGUUUGCCGAGUUGCCGGAUGAGGUGCUGGUGGGGCUUGUGGAAGGGAGUAGAGGGCUCGAGGCGCUGCAGGAACGGUGUGAUAGAAAGGGACAAGAGCCGGCUGGGGAUGGGGAUGGGGGAGAUGGGAAGAGGGAAGAGGCAGGGGAAGGGGAAGAAGGAGACGGAGGAGGAAGAUUAGAAGAUGCGGAAGAUCUAGUGAGGAGGUGUCUUGAGUUGGAAGUCGGGGAUAGACCUACCGCGGAUGUUCUGUGUGGACAUCGGUUCUUGAAGGGUCGGGAAGGGUGGGUCGGGCAUAGAGGGUGGAUCAAGACCAAGUAG